AUGGGGAAAACGAAGCGAUACUGGUUACUGAAAACAGAGCCAAGCGAGUGGUCAUGGUCAGACCAAGAAGCGAACGGCGGCAUCAGCAAAUGGGACGGCGUCAAGAACAAACAAGCCCAGAAGAAUCUCAAGUCCAUGACUUUAGGCGACCUCUGUUUCUUCUACCACUCUGGGACAAAAUCGAGAUGCGUUGUGGGCGUUGUGGAAGUGACGCGUGAAUGGUACUCCGAUGAUGAUGAUAACGGAGAAGGAGCGGUGGAUGUUAAAGCUGUCGGAGAGAUGCGGAGAUUUGUUGAUUUAAAAGAGAUGAAAGGAGAGGAAGGGAUUAAGGGUUUUGUUUUGUUUAGACAGCCGAGGUUGUCUGUUGUUCCGGUGGAGGAGGAUGCUUGGACACGGAUUUGUAAAUUGGGAGAUGGGUUUUGUGGAGAUGGUAAGGAAGAUUGUGAAAGUAGCGAUGACUCUUGAAUUAUGUUGCUUUGGUUGGUUUUGAGAUUGAUUUUGAAUUGGAUCUAUUUUUCUUUGUAUAUGCGAUAGAUUUUAAGUUAA